GGCGCGGCGAGGCUCAGGCGUCGGAGCAGGCGGCCGCGGGCGCCGCCGUCUCCUCCUCCAUGGCUGUUUACCCGGCUGCAUUGUGGGAGUUUGACCUCCGCCGCCGCCAACCGCCGCCUCAGCCUGCGCCGCCGCCGCCGCCGCCGCGCACGCCAUGGGAGCCGUGACUGACGACGAAGUCAUAAGGAAGCGUCUCCUAAUUGAUGGAGAUGGUGCUGGAGAUGACCGGAGAAUUAAUCUGCUAGUGAAAAGUUUCAUUAAAUGGUGCAACUCUGGAUCGCAGGAAGAGGGAUACAGCCAGUACCAACGUAUGCUGAGCACACUGUCCCAAUGUGAAUUUUCAAUGGGCAAAACUUUGCUGGUAUAUGAUAUGAAUCUCAGAGAAAUGGAAAAUUAUGAAAAAAUUUACAAGGAAAUAGAAUGUAGCAUUGCUGGAGCACAUGAAAAAAUUGCUGAGUGCAAAAAGCAAAUUCUUCAAGCAAAACGAAUACGAAAAAAUCGCCAAGAAUAUGAUGCUUUGGCAAAAGUGAUCCAGCAUCAUCCAGACAGGCAUGAGACUUUAAAGGAACUAGAGGCUCUGGGAAAAGAACUAGAACAUCUUUCACAUAUUAAAGAAAGUGUUGAAGAUAAGCUGGAAUUAAGACGUAAACAGUUUCACGUUCUUCUCAGCACCAUCCAUGAACUUCAGCAAACACUGGAAAAUGAUGAAAAGCUCUCAGAGGUGGAAGAAGCUCAGGAAACAAGCAUGGAAGCAGAUCCUAAGCCAUAGACAGGCUGGCACGCACCAUUCCCGAGGGUAUUGAAGUGGCAGUGUGGUCUGAUUGUGUUUAGAAUUUGUCGUGCUCUUCAGAUAUUUAAAGUUUUGGCAGUGAUCUACUUUACUUUUAAAUAUUAAUGCACAGUUCAUUCAUAUUUCUUCACACAAAGGAAAAUGACUUCAGUAUGGAUCUGUUUUUAUUGAAAUGUCUUUUUUUAUUCUUAAACUUCAAAGGUAGAAAGCAGCAUCCAAAAAUAUUUAAUAAGAUAUCUUCAAGCCAGAUAUAUUUUUGUUCUUUAGUAUUGUAGGUAGUUUUUAACUGGUAACAUUGAUUUGUCUACGAAAUAAGUUGAAGAUUGUGAGAAAGUGGUGUUUUUAGGAUGUACAUGAGAAAAUGAGUCAAUUUCUGGAAACUGUUACCACUUCUGUAAAUGGAGUCCAUGAAUAGGCUUCAGGAGGGCUAUGAACUUGUGAAAUUAUGUGCAAAAUGUUUGUGGCAUAUGCUUAUUGUGGGAGAGGUUCCAUGAUAUUAAGAAUCACUAGUAUAAGAGGUAAUUACAAAAUGCAAAGUAAAUCAAUAUGCAUCAAUCUAGAGCUCUCUCCUUAAUACUUGAGAAAUGUCAUUAUUAAAUGUUUGUUGAUAUGUUUUCUCUCCACUGUUUUGUUCUUUAGGAGUCAUUUUCAAUAGAAAAAAAUGUAUUAAUAAAGUGAAGAGUUGUUUGAGAUAAA